AUGGUCGACCCUGGUACGUCCGGCCUUCGUCCGCGGAGUGUAUUGGCAAGCAUGGAGGUCGAGCUGAAGACGAGGUUGAGGACGAGGGCGAGGGAUGAGAGUGAGGUCGGUCGUAAACUACUUCGUACAAAGUACACGGAAUACCUCGUACUCAGCCUUGCCCACCCCCAUUCGUACACAGUACCAUUAUCUCUCCGGAGUAGGAGCAUUGCCGAGAAGAAGUUGGUCCCGGCCAAACCCUCCCCUCCCCUCGACAAUUAUUACAUCAUAUCCCUCUCUUCCCCGUCCGGCCUCGCCAAAAUCUUGUCUUCCAUCGUCGCGAAAUUCCCGAAAUUUGGCUCCUAUUCGCAAUCCCCCGCGCAGAGUUGUGUGUCUCGUCUGUCCGGUAUACAAACCUCCCGGGAAACCGGCUCGAUUCGAUUCGGCGGACAUAAAGAACACCCAACGGAUCCCUCGAGAACAGAGAAGAACAUUGCCGCAGCCCAGAGAACUACGGACCAAUUUCGACAGGAUAACCGCCUGGGAGGACCCCCAAGAUUAUUGCGCAACGACCUUGCUUCCGACAGACUACCUUUUAGCGACGUUGCGCCACGAAUAGAGAACCAGCGCGCCAUUGCCCUGUCGACUUCCUCUCCGUACACCUCAUCAUAUCCUCGACGAAUUCGCAUCGCAAACCGCCCUGCUCCCCCCCCGCCUCCAUCUUUCCCGAUAUUUGCCUCAGAACCCAGCGACUUUCGUUCAUCGGCCGUCAGCUACCCAACGCCAAGACAUCGAAUUUUCGCGCAAUCGACGUUCCCCCCUGCAACGCUCUUAAUAUUGACCUUGAUAGGUGUGGGCGCCUUCGUUGCGAUCGCGGCCGUCUAA